AUUCAUUGAAAAUAAAGUAUCGCUUGGGGAAACAACAAAACAUUACCUGUCGUUUGGUUUUCAAAAAUAUAUAUCAGAGGCUCUGAACUCCUCUAAUGUUUAUAUUAUUUAUUUUUAGUUCAUUUCUCGGCCAAAAAAGCAUUUCGGUGGAAAUUUAGACAAACUGCCCUGGAAUGCUGCCGACUUCAUCGAUAACCACUGAUUUUCCGGAGGCUAAUGAGUGGACAUAUUCGAUGCGAAGAGAAAUGCAAGAAAUAGUGAAAGGAUUAUUUCUUGGGCCCUAUUCAGUUGCAGUUCGAUCAAAAGAAAACUAUUUAGAAGCUCAUGGAAUAACUCACAUAAUUUGUGUUCGACAAGAAAUUGAAUCACACAUAAUCAAAACACAUUUUGUCAACAAAUUUCAGUACCUGGUUGUCAACAUUAGAGAUUCAGUCACAGAAAACAUAAUUCAGCACUUCCAAAAGGUGAAAAACUUUCUGGACAGUUGUUUUUCUGCAGGUGGCAAAGCCCUUGUUCAUGGAAAUGCUGGGAUAUCUCGAAGCGCUGCAGUUGUCUUGGGCUUCCUGAUGCAAAAAUACUGUCUUGGUUACAAUGAGGCCUUUACUUUGGUGCAACAGAGAAGGUUCUGCAUCAACCCUAAUGAAGGAUUUGUUCAACAACUCAGAGAAUAUGAACCCAUUUACAAAGCAAACUGGAGUGUAUCAACAAAUGGUCAGUGCUCAUCGAGGGAGCAAAGCACAUGGAAACGGAAGCGAGACAGCAUCGAAAAUGACGAUGCUAUGGAUGAGUGAAUUAAUUCACAUGAAAAUGAGAAGUUCUCUUAUGCCGCAAAAUUAUUUCCCUUGGUGGCUGUGCCCUCAGUGGAAUAAAAACGAGUCAUUUUUCACAAA